GAGAAAUUGUUCUUGAAGAACCACAAGAAGCUAGGAAAUACAAUCAUGUUCGAUCCCAUUUCACUCGCAAUUUUGGCUAUUCUCUUCUUUUCUGCUUAUCAUUUCUAUAUGUUCAGAAAACUCAAAGGAUCUGAUAAUGAUGUUCCGUUGGACAUAAAGCUCAAUUUACCACCUUCUCCACCAACCUUUCCGAUCCUCGGAAACAUUCAUCAACUCAGCCCCUUACUUCACCAAUCUUUCUACGAGUUAUCUAAAACGUAUGGUCCAGUCAUGCUCUUAAGAUUUUUCAAAAAACCCAUGCUCAUAGUUUCAUGUGUAGAGAUGGCAACUCAUAUUCUGAAGACCCAUGAUUCUAUAUUCUUAGAUAGGCUAACUUCAAAAUCUAUAAAACUCAUCUUCUAUAAUGGUUGUGAUAUAGCUCUAGCUCCAUACGGUGAGAGAUGGAAGAAACUUAGAAAGUUUUGUGUUCUUGAAAUGUUGAGUAUGAAGAGGGUGCAAUCUUUCAAGUUCAUAAGACAAGAGGAAGUUGAUAAAGUGAUUGAGAACAUAACUCGUUCGUCUCUAGAGAGACAGACGAUUAAUCUGACGGAGAUUAUCUUCGCUUUGGCUAACAGCGUUAUCUUUAGAUGCUCACUUGGUGACAACUUUAAGAAAGAUUAUGCAGACAGAUUUUCGGAGUUGAUGAUGAAGGCGACAAGCAUGGUAAUGGAUUCUUUUGCUUUUGAAGAUUUCUUUCCACGGCUUAAAUGGAUGGAUACUCUCACUGGAUACAAUAGAAAGCUUAAGAGAACCUUCCAGGAACUAGAUAGUUUUUUCGAUCAAAUUAUCGAUGAUUAUUUGCUUUCACCGUUACAUGUAGAUCAUGGUUACCAAGACCAUAAAGACGAUAAAAGAAACUUCAUAGAUCUUCUGGACGCUGAGACAGAUAACCUCGGUCUCAGCAGAAAUAAUAUCAAAGGAGUAAUAUUGGACAUGUUUGUCGCCGGAAGUCAUACCACUGCAGCUAUAACGGAAUGGACUAUGUCGGAGCUUAUAAAGAAUCCAAAGAUAAUGAAGAAAGCACAGGAAGAAGUAAGAAGCGUAGUUGGAAACAAAACUAGAGUGGAAGAGAAAGAUAUAAACCAGAUGAACUACUUGAAAUGUGUUGUUAAGGAGACCUUAAGACUUCAUGCACCUGUACCGACUGUGGUUCGAAUGAAUUCCUCUGACAGUGUCAAAAUAGGAGGUUAUGAUAUCCCAUCAAACACAGGGAUAUUCAUCAAUAUUUGGGCAAUUCAGAGGAAUCCCAAAUAUUGGGACAAACCAGAAGAGUUCUGUCCUGAGAGAUUUGAAAGCAACCCUAUUGAUUUCAAGGGUCAAGAUUUUGAAUUCAUUCCAUUUGGAUCUGGAAGAAGAGGGUGCCCUGGAGUGUCAUUUGGUCUUGCAGUGGUGGAACUUCUAGUUGCCAAUCUCUUGUACCGGUUUGACUGGAAAUUGCCAGGUGGUGCUUCAUAUGAGGAUCUAGACAUGAGUGAAGAUUUUGGGAUGGGUACUUGCAAUAGGAAGAUUCAUCUUCAUGUUAUUCCAACAUUAUUUCAUCCUGCUGCUUCUUCUUAGUUGUGACCUAAUCAAAUAAGUACGUGAAACAUGGAUCCAAUCCAUCCGGUGAAAGGACUAGGUUAAAUACUAGCCACGCUUAUACAUUUUGCAAAAGCAGUAAGUAACAGAACCUAACUUACUUGCCUAGAGUCAGUUAGUCAAGAAAUGAAGGCAUAAAUGGUGAAGUUCUUUAAGGAUGUGAACUGUUUUAAAGUUUAUUCUGGAUUUUUGAAUUUGAGUCAAGGGUGUAUAGUGAAUUCAAGGUUGUGUUAUACUGGAAACUAUCACCACCCAUAUUGGUUCUCGAUUAGAUGAAGAGUUCCAUUUUUCUCUUUUAAUAUAGUAUUCCGGAAACAGCAGAUUGGUUCUGUCAAAACAUCUGUUUAAU